UGGGGUGUAUGGUGUAUCUGUCAAGUUUACUUUCGAUAUUUUUGUUUGUAAAAUUGAAUUUUUAGGUAAUAAAAUACACAAAAACUAACAAAAUGAAUGUGAUACAAGCAGUUAAAAUGUAUAUAACAAAAAUGACGGAGGAGAGUGGCCCCGGAAUGAAAGUAAUACUUAUGGACAAGGAGACUACCAGUAUAAUAAGCAUGGUAUUCAGCCAAUCGGAGAUUCUCCAGAAGGAGGUAUAUCUUUUCGAACGUAUCGACAAUAUCAGCAAAUGGGACAACAUGAAGCACAUGAAAUGCAUUGUGUUUGUGCGACCGACCUCCGAGAAUGUAGCUCUGCUGUCCAGAGAGCUGAGGCAUCCAAAAUAUGGGGUUUAUUUUAUAUACUUCAGUAACGUGAUCUCCAAGUCAGACGUGAAGACGUUGGCGGAGUGUGACGAGCAGGAGACAGUGCGUGAGGUGCACGAAGUGUUUGCGGACUACCUGGCCGUGGAUCAGCAUUUGUUCUCGUUCAAUAUCGUUGGCUGUAUGAAUGGUCGUUCCUGGAACCAGAACCACCUCCAGCGCUGUUCUCAAGGCCUCCUAGCGCUUCUACUCUCUCUCAAGCGUCGUGCUGUCAUCCGCUACGACGCCGCAUCAGACGGCUGUGCUCGUCUAGCGGAGAGACUUAGAGACCUGCUGCGGAGGGAGGCAGCGUUGAUAGAUAAUAACGUGCCGGUCACCGGAGACGUGCCUACGCCUAUCGUGCUGAUAUUGGAUAGGAUGGAUGACCCGGUCACUCCAUUGUUGAACCAGUGGACGUACCAGGCGAUGGUGCACGAACUACUAGGGCUCCAUAACAACCGCGUGAGCCUGCCGCAAGCACAGCAGGACCUGCGCGAGGUCGUGCUAGCUUCGGAGCAGGACGAGUUCUAUGCUAAGAACCUGUACUCCAACUUCGGCGAGAUCGGGCAGACGAUGAAGUUGUUAAUGGACGAGUUCCAGAAGAAAGCCAAGAGCCACCAGAAGGUCGAGACCAUCGACGACAUGAAGAACUUCGUCGAGCAGUACCCGCUGUUCAAGAAAAUGUCGGGCACAGUGACGCGCCACGUGACAGUGGUAGGCGAGCUGUCGGCGCUGGUGGCACGACACAACCUGCUAGACGUUUCUGAGUUGGAGCAAGAAAUCGCCUGCCAGAGCGACCACGCCAAGCAUCUGCAGCGAAUCAAGGCGCUCAUCGCCAACGAAUCGGUUCGUCACCACGACGCGCUCAAGCUCGUACUUCUCUAUGCGCUGCGAUACCACACACACGCAAGCAACGCGCUACCGUCACUGCUGCAAGCGCUAGCAGCCCGCCAGUGCCCCGAGCCCAAGCGCGUGCUGCUGGCGCUGGAGCUGUGGGCGGCGCGCGCGCGCAGCGAGCGGCUGUUCCGCGCCAUGACGCCGCACUCCAUCACCAAGCGGCUGUUCCAGGGGUUAAACGGCGUGGAGAACAUCUACACGCAGCACACGCCGGUGCUCAAGGAUACUCUUGAAGACCUCAUCAAGGGCAAGCUGCGAGAGAACCUCUACCCCACGCUUGGAGGCGACGACUCCGGCUACGGGCGGCGCCCUCAAGACAUUAUAGUCUUCAUGGUGGGCGGGACCACCUACGAGGAGGCGCUCUCAGUCCACCAGGUCAACCAGGCCUACCCUGGCGUCAGGGUCGUGCUGGGAGGCACCACCAUACACAACUCGACGAGCUUCUUCGAGGAGGUCCAGGCUGCGAUGCAAGGUGUCCAUAGAACGCACACCAGGCAUAUUAAGAAUGUUUAAGUGUAUGUAGUUAGAAAUCGUGAAUGUAUUGGACUAUGGAAAGUACAGUCGGGAUAUUACGAGAGGCAACGUAUCGUAUUGUGGUACAGUCAGCG